AUGACGAAAAACAGUCAUGAUCAGUCCGAAGGCCAAAGUCAAGCUACAAAACGACUGAAUCAAGUUUCCUCACACAUCUCCCCAGAUAAAAGCAAAUCAAAGUCCACAGAAUCCCGUCUGCCAGCAGACCACUCCGAUGUUCUCAAUCAAAUAUCCACACUACGCAAGAUAGCCGCUACACCAGACCCCAAUUCCCGCGGCUAUAUUCGACAAAAACAAGCCGGCAAGCUUUGGGUCCGCGAGCGCAUCGACCAACUCCUUGAUCCAGGUUCAUUCCAGGAAAUUGGCUCUGUAUCCGGUACCGUGACAUGGAAGAAAAUCGCUCCAAUGCGGGAAACUCCCGUCGCGUUCAUUCCUAGCAAUAAUGUUCAAGGCGCAGGGACGCUCCGGGGUAGAAAGAUCCUGCUUACAGCGGACGACUUUAGCAUUCGAUCCGGCCAUGCGGAUGGAUCGAGCUCCGAGAAGACGGUUUACGUGGAGAAAUUGGCUCUAGCUUUGAGGGUGCCUGUUGUGAAAUUGGUAGAUGGGAGUUCUGGAGGUGGAAGUGUGACGACCAUUAAGAAGGAGGGGUGGAGUUAUCUUCCUUAUGUGAGGCCUUUCAGGCCUGCGAUUCAGCAGCUGAAUAUGGGGAUUCCGAAUUUAGGUGCCGUUGUCGGUCCUGCGAUUGGCCUCGGUGCAGCAAGAGUAGUUUCUUGCCAUUUCUCGGUUAUGGCGGCAGAUAUUGGAGCGCUAUUUAAUGCUGGUCCUAAGGUUGUGGAAGGUGCGACUUUUGAGGAGGAUCUUGGAUUCCAGGAUCUCGGUGGUCCACUUGUUCAUUGUACGAAUGGAACAAUUGAUAAUCUGGCUGCAAAUGAAGCCGAAUGCUUCGAACAGCUUCGUACGGUCUUGGGUUAUCUACCUAACUCGGGAGCUGAAGCCCCGCCAGUUAUUUCGUGCGAUGAUCCUGAAGAUCGAGAAGAUUUGGCGCUCCGCAGCAUCAUCCCCCGUCGCCAGGCACGCAUGUAUAAUCCGAGAGUGAUCAUUACUUCCGUUGUUGAUCGGGAUUCAUGGUUCGAGAUUGGAGCUCUCUGGGGCCGAACAGCCAUUGGUGGAUUGGCACGCUUAUCUGGCCAUCCUAUUGGAAUCAUUUCAUUAAACUGUGAGGUGAAUGGCGGCGCACUCGAUGCAGCUGGUAGCCAGAAACUCACGCGACUACUGAAGAUGUGUGAUGUGAUGAAUAUCCCUAUUGUGCAAUUUAUUGACGUCCCUGGUUAUGCAAUCGGCACCGUCGCCGAACGCAACGCCACCAUGCGCUGGGGCGUCGAGCUGGCAAAAACGUAUUUCACCACCACAACUCCGAUCUUCAACGUGGUUACCCGACGCGCCUUUGGGGUGGCAGGAGGUGUUAUGCUCGGCUCCAGGGAUCCAGUCAUGCAAGUGGCAUGGCCGUCUGGACAGUGGGGCUCGUUGCCUCUGGAUGGAGGGAUCGAGGUGGGCCACCGGCAUGAAUUGCGAGAAGCGGAGAAGGAUGGUAAGAAAGAGGAGCGAUACAAAGAAUUGGAAGAGGAGUACCAGCGGUUGAUGAAUCCUGUUCGAACAGCAAAUGCCUUUGGCGUUGAAGAGAUCAUUGAUCCUAAGGACACAAGGCAGAUUUGUUGCUCCUGGGUGACACAUGUUUAUGAUGUGCUUAUGAAGGAAAGAUUGACAGAUCGUGCCUGCGGGAAAAUUCAUGCUUCAUUUGCUUGA